AUCGACCACCACGACGAUGGUCGUCUAUAUCGUCAGUUCGCAACUUGUCGAUGCUGCGUCGCGUCUCCCAUCAAACAGAAAUCGUUCGAAAAUAGUUCAUUCGCUUGUUAAUUCGCUUGGCCUUCUCAAGGCAGCUCAAGUCGUCCGACCCGUUCCGGCAACAACCCGAGAGCUACGUGAAUAUCACUCCGACGACUAUCUCGACAUCGUCCUCGAUAACGACGCUUCAUCUUCAACGUUACAUGGUCUCACGGAUGACUGUCCUGUCUUCCCAGGGCUCCCGUCCUAUGUCCAGCUUGUUGCAGGCGCCACCCUAACUGCAGUCAAAGCCCUGCAAAUCACAGACAUCGCCAUAUGCUGGGACGGUGGGCGCCACCAUGCACAGAAAUCGGCUGCCUCUGGUUUCUGUUACGUAGCCGAUUGCAUCCUGGCUAUUCUUGCCAUGAAGCGCGUCAAAGAGAUUAACCACCCCCAUCCCCGUAUCAUGUACAUUGACCUCGACCUGCAUUUCUCCGACGCAGUUUCUCAGGCGUUUUAUUUGCAAAAUUCGGUUCUGACGCUCAGUAUUCACCAUGCUUCGCCUGGAUUCUUUCCAGUCUCACCGCUUGCACCGCUCCAGCUCCCCAGCCAGUCUGAUCCGUCGUUUGACCCCUUCGCCCUCUCUAUUCCUCUACAACCUGGUGCCUCAUGCUCAACAUACAUGGUCAUAUUUCCCCUUGUGCAAAAGGUCGCAGAAGUAUUUGCGCCAACACAUGUUAUAGUUCAAUGCGGCGUUGACGCGUUAUCAGAAGAUCCCCAUGCGAUGUUCAACUGGUCACUUUCCCUUGACCAGCCUGGAUCGAUGGGCUAUUACAUUCAUCGCAUUCUCGCCACUUUUCCCGGGAAAAAGCUCCUGCUCGGCGGAGGAGGCUACAACUCUCCUAAUGCAGCUAGAGCCUGGGCGUAUCUGACUUCUGUCGCUCUCUCUGAUCCAUUACCCAUGAACACUGACAUUCCCUACGACCAUCCUUUUUUCCCGCUAUACGCUCCUUCAUUCACGCUUGACAUCCCAGAGGGAACUAUGCAAGACCAGAAUACAUCAGAAUAUCUUGUACACAUUACAGACUCGUUCAUAAAGUAUAUCAUCCCUGCCCUCGAAAACGCGAUCACACCAAAAGCGUCUUGAUACUAAAUUUUGUCUUUUGCUCACAGUCCGCGAAGAUAGACAGCGCCUCUUUCAUUUUUCUCGCCAUUUCCAUGUUCCCAUCAAAUACUUCCCUCAAUAAUUUACCGCCGUCUGCUAGGUAAUCUUGUUCGACAACUGUAUAUGCGGUUAGGACACUCCCAAGGGACAACGAUAUACGCACUCUUUAACUCCUCAACUGUCAAUUCAUGUUUCAAAAUAUCAUCGAAUUGGUUGAUGGGUACUGGAGGAAGGCUAGCCAAUUCAUCGAGCACGGCACCCGACAAUGUCAGGUGGUCUGGCUGCAGAGCUACGAGU